CAACUUAAAUAUCAAAAUACAAAGCAUUCUAAUUUUAAGAAACCAUUAAUUGAAAUUACAUGUCAAGUUAAUAAUUCAAAUAAUUUGCUUAUUGAUAAUUUGACUAAUUUAUUUAUUAACCAAAGUAAUGUCAACAAUAAUAAUUUUAUAGAAGAUAAUGCUAUUUUUAAAGUAGAUAUAAGUGUUCUUUCUCAAAUUAUUAAUGAAAUUGCAAGAACAAAAAGUACAGAAAAAUUUGAAAUUGCUGUUCAAUUUAAAAUAUUAGAUCAAUCAUUAAAUAAAAUCACAAGAUUUAUUUGUGAACAAGUUGAAACUAGAAAUGAAUACAAGUGA